AUGUUUUAUUUCAAAAGUGCUGUGCAUGUUUUUGUCAUACUGUUAACUAAUAAAAACCCUCUAAAGAGUUUGAAUUCCCUACCUACAUCUGUUAAGUUUGAUCCUGAUAAAUAUUUAGGAAGUCCUAGUGAUGGUUACACUUCAUAUGGUUAUAACCUUGUCAGUGGACUGACUAUUGGUCAAUGUACAUCACUUAAUAUUUUGUCUCUGCGAGAGAAUAAUUUACAAAGAUUGCCAAAUGAGAUUGGUAAUUGUACACGUUUACGAGUCUUGGAUGUUUCUGGCAAUAGACUUGAUCGUUUACCAUUCAGUUUAUCAAAAUGCUCAUUGACAGCUCUAUGGCUUUCACAAAAUCAAUCUCAACCAGUGGUUACACUACAAAUGGAUGUAGAUCCUGUUACACAGGAACAAUAUCUUACUUGUUAUUUACUCCCUCAGGAACAAUUAGAUUCACGUAUUGAAACUGAUCCAACUGUGUCACCGUCUGAGUUGGCUAGUUAUUCUACAUCCUUAAAUCCUGAUAUUAAACCAAAACAUGAUCUUCUCGACGGAAUCAAUGUAGAAGUGAAUCAUGCCUAUGAACCUGCUGAUUUGCACACUUCUACACCUCAGUCGAAUCCUUCAAGCAAUCGAAAUACAUCACCUUUGAAUUAUGAAUUAACUAAACCAUCGAGUAUUUUGCCUUCACCGACACUGAGUGCUAAUUCUACAACAAUGACAAGUGAUCCAAGUUCGCUUAAACUCAGUUCAGUGACUACGGCUAUUAGUAAUAAUAAAAAAUCACCAUAUUCUACUGCAGUAUCGACUACAUUUUCUUCAACUGUCAAUGGUAAUUUAGAUCCUACAUAUUCUUCACCGAAUCAUACAAAUAAUCUUUCGACUUCAUCGACGCAUUCCUCGCUAUCUAUGCCAACAUCUGCGUCAACUCGGGUUCAUUUUUCUGGUUCAGUGAAACCUGAUGAAUCGGAUAAAUCUGCCUCAAAAGGAUUUCCAAAAACACGUCAUCCACGUUCUGGUAAAAAGGCUACAGACAGUCAUGUUAUUGGCGGUAAAGGCGAUUUAAGCCAGCAUGGGAAUGCUAAUCUAUCACCUAAUGCAGUUCGUGAUACUUCAGGCCUUGCUAGUUCUUCAGAAUCACUGGCUGAAGAUUUUAACGAUGAUAUUGUACAAAUCAUUUGGUUCAUUCAAAUAAUCUUAAUCUAA